AUGUCUCCAGGCCAGCUGCGUCAGCUCAGCAGCUUUAGCCCCAUCCAACCUUGCCUUGAACGCUUCCAUGUUGUGGGCUGCCAUGUUGAAGAAGCUGUAACAUUUUGGGCACAGAAUGUCAGUAGAUGUAAUGACCUCUUGAAAAUAUGUUGUGUGCUGACUGAAGCUUGUCCUCGUACUAAUGCAGUUUUUGACAAACCUGAUUUUAGUAAGUGUCAGGUGUUGUACGUUGACUGUGGAAAAUCUUAAAUUCCGAAUAGACCAAACACAGUUAAAAUUCCACCAAACUUGCAAGUUUGCAGUGUUGAUGAGAAGUACAGGCUCUGGGCACUGCACAGACCAGCUGAUGAGAACUUAAACACGUGUGACCAGGGGAAGAAGUUUUUGAGCAGCCUAGCUUUUGAAAAAGAAGUAAAAAUACAUCACAAAGCCAAGCAUAAAGAUGGUACCAUUUUUGCCCAGGCAGAAUACAAAAAAAUAGAUAUUGGAGAAGAGGUGGUAAAGGCAGGGUUUACUAAAAAAUACACAUCUCCAGGAAACACUAAGGAUGAGGAAAAAUCAGAUCAGAAGCUGUCUGAAGAGAAACAAGUUCUCGGAAGGAAGAAUAUAAAUCUCUUGCAGAAGCAGAAGAAAUUAGAACUGAACGUUCAAGAGCUGAAAUGUGAACUUCAGGUAUACGAGAAGGAAUCAUCUAAGAAAACUGAAAGCUUUGAACAACGCACUUACAUUGGAAUGAAAACAAGAAGUUUAGCUGUUGGGGUGAAGGCACUGAAAAAAGUUAGGCACAUAAAAAAGAAUAGUCAUUUUGGGGAGCAGCUCUCACAAGCCGUAAAAGUGGUUACAGAUGUUUCUCUCACUGUUCUGUGUUCCUUGGAAAAGCUGCAGAGGAUUUGGACAGAAUAUGACUUGGCUUAAAAGAGGAUUCAAUUAUGCAGAAAUGUGGAUGAAAGAGAUGAAUUGAUUAUCAGGCAAGAUGAGGCGCAGCAGAACUUGUAUUCAGUAGUUAAAGAAAUAAUUUUGGAAGUGGAUCAAGUGCCCUCUCUGGGCCCUCAAGAGUGUUACAGAAAUAUUACUUGCCUUGAUUUUGACUGUGCAAAUGUGUAUGGAGAGACAAAAAAGGAUGUUGAAUUCACUUUGUUUGCAAAACUGUUUUUGCUGGAUUUACUUGAAACACAGGAGCUGACAACUUCCCUGGAGAUGAUAUAUGGUCAAGAAUCUGAAGCAUAUGACCAGGAGGUAUUUCAACAGUUCUUUGAGUGGAAGAGUGUUAAAACAAAGAAAUUAAAUUGUUGUUGUAAUCUGAUGUUAGAAGCAUUUUGUGAUUUAGAGGAAGUGGUUGGCAGUGCAGAUUAAAUUCUCAAAAAGAUUGAGUUGACUGUUUCUGAAGAACUGGAUAUAGAAUUAAAUGAGCAUGAUGAAGCAGAGAAGGGAAUAAUUAUAAGUACUUACAAUAAAGUAAUGUAUAAAGUGCAUCACGAACAAAGUAUGAUCACUGUCAUACGAAACAGAUACUUGGCCAGUGCUGAGGUUUCAAAAAAGCAGGCAGAGGAAUGACUGAAUAGAAGACCCGAUAUUAACAACUUAUUAUCAGUUAAGAAAAUUGUGAAAAGCUUAAAGGCCCAAACAAGAUGGAAGCUGAUUGAAAAGAACAGCUUUGAGGACGAAAAAACACCUGUGUUAUUUCAGCUUUGCAUUCAAAACCAGGAGUUUGGCAUAUAAGAAGAUGGAACACCUGAGGUAGAUGUGGUUGCCAUGGAUGAUAAAGUUAAAUCUCUUCUCUUGAAUUUGUUCUGCUCUAACAGACUGAUGCCUGAGCAGGUGCUGAGGAAUGAUUGCUUCCUUGUAGUAGAUGCAAUUCCACUCUCACUGCAACCAGUGAAAGAGUAUGAGCCACAUAAAAAACAUGAUUCUGAGAAAAGACAUGAGGAAAAAAAAAAAGUGAUCAACUGA